CUGGGCAGGACGUGUUUCAGCGCUGCGUCGCAGACAGAUAGAGUGUGUGAGCGCGUGUGCGUGUCCAGAGUCAAGCCAGUGUGUGUAUGGGUGUGUGUGUAUGUGCGCCGUGCGAGCACAAGUCAGGGAGUUGCUGUAGUUUGGAGCUCUAAAGCGGGACUGGACUGGACUCCACUGAGACUCUGGGUCUUUUUUUUCCCCCAUGUGCACUUCUCUUUAUUCUAUUCUUUUUUAAAAAAGGCAGGAGAGAGGAGGACUGAAGCUGGGGCUGUUUUGAGACAGAAUGAGAAGAAACUGAAGAUACAUACUGCAGAAAAAACACACACACAAGCAGAGACAGAGAGCACUUAACACACUCUCUCUGCUUCUGGGAACUCUGUGUGUCUGUGGAUAUACACUUGUGUGUGUGUGUGUGUGUGUGGCUUUGUGGCAGUGCUCAGUAUGUGGAUGUUCUGCUCGCUCGGUCAGCUUUCUCUGACCGGCAGGGCUGCAGCGAUGUGAUCGGCGUCCACCGCGGCUGCCUCUGACCCACAUCACCUGUUCCCUUCCCCCCCCCCCCAGGGUCUGCCUCCUGAAUCGGACCGACCCCAGGGGCUCUCUCUUGGACCAGAAGUCCCUCCGCGCUCUCUCACUGGACCGCUGGCGAAUCUGUGUGCGUUUGCAAUUCUGAGAGUGUGAAAGAAAGAAGAAGGAAAAACAAAGGACUGAAAAAAGAGAACCCACAUCCAGCCGGAACCAUGGACUACCUCUGUCGGAUUUUACUACUGCUGACCGCAACGGUGCUACUGGGCAGGAUGGACGCCCAGCAAGCCAAGAGCAACGUUCCCCGUCUGAAGCUGUCCUAUAAAGAAAUGUUGGAGUCCAACAACCUGGUGACCUUCAAUGGACUGGCCAACAGCUCAGCCUAUCACACCUUCCUGCUGGAUGAGGAGAGGGGACGCCUAUUUGUCGGAGCCAAAGAUCACAUUUUAUCCUUCGACCUCGUGGACAUUACCAUGAACAAUCAGUUGAUAUCGUGGCCUCCAUCUUCAACACGAAGAGAUGAGUGCAAGUGGGCAGGCAAGGACUUACAGAAGGAGUGCGCCAACUUCAUCAAGGUGCUACAUCCGUACAAUAGCACCCACCUGUAUGCCUGUGGCACCGGAGCCUUCCACCCAGUCUGCGCCUACGUGGAGGUGGGCAAACGGCCUGAGGACAACAUCUUUCGUCUGGAGUCUUCACACAUGGAGAAUGGCCGUGGGAAGAGUCCGUAUGACCCGAAACUGCUGACUGCUUCGCUGCUGAUUGAUGGCGAGCUAUAUGCAGGCACAUCAGCAGACUUCAUGGGGCGGGACUUUGCUAUUUUCCGAACGCUGGGAGAACACCACCCAAUUAGGACUGAACAACAUGACUCAAGAUGGCUCAACGACCCUCGAUUUGUCGGUGUCCAUCUCAUCCCGGAAAGCGACAACCCUGAGGACGACAAGAUCUACCUGUUCUUCCGUGAGAACGCCAUUGAUGGAGAACACGCCGGCAAAGCCACCCACGCCAGGAUUGGGCAGCUGUGUAAGAAUGACUUUGGAGGCCACAGAAGUUUGGUAAACAAGUGGACGACAUUCCUCAAAGCACGACUGGUCUGUUCUGUCCCGGGCUUCAACGGCAUCGACACACACUUUGAUGAGCUUCAGGAUGUUUUCCUCAUGAGCUCCAAGGAUCCCAAGAACCCAGUCAUAUAUGCUGUGUUCACUACAUCCAGUAACAUCUUCAAAGGCUCAGCCGUGUGUAUGUAUAACAUGGCCGAUGUCCGCAGGGUGUUCUUGGGCCCAUACGCUCACAGAGACGGACCCAACUACCAGUGGGUCCCUUUCCUUGGGCGAGUGCCCUAUCCUCGUCCUGGAACGUGCCCAAGUAAAACUUUUGGAGGGUUUGACUCCACCAAAGACCUACCGGAUGAUGUCAUCACAUUUGCCCGAAGCCACCCAGCCAUGUACAACCCCGUCUAUCCAAUCAACAACCGGCCAAUCAUCAUCAAGACGGACGUGGACUACCAGUUCACCCAGUUGGUGGUGGACAAAGUAGAGGCAGAGGAUGGCCAGUAUGACGUCAUGUUCAUUGGCACAGAUAUUGGCACAGUUCUUAAAGUGGUGUCGAUACCGAGAGGGACCUGGCAUGACCUGGAGGAGGUUCUGCUUGAAGAAAUGACUGUAUUCAGGCAACCAACUGUUAUUACUGCCAUGGAGCUCUCAACCAAACAGCAACAGCUGUACCUGGGCUCAUCGGCAGGCGUGUCGCAGAUGCCCCUGCACCGCUGCGACGUCUACGGGAAGGCCUGUGCUGAGUGCUGCCUCGCCAGAGACCCCUACUGCGCCUGGGACGGCAACCAGUGCUCACGCUACUUCCCCACAGCCAAGAGGAGGACUCGUCGCCAGGACAUCAGAAACGGGGAUCCCUUGACCCAGUGCUCCGACUUACAGCAUGAAGAUGAACUGCAGGGCCGUAGCGUGCUGCUGGAUAAGACGGUGUAUGGUGUAGAGAACAGCAGCACCUUCCUGGAGUGCAGCCCCAAGUCCCAGCGAGCCCUCACUUACUGGCAGUAUCAGAGACAGGGGGAGGACCGCAAACAAGAGAUCAAGUGGGAUGACCGCGUACUGGCCACCGACCAGGGCCUGCUGAUCCGUAGCCUGCAGCCACGCGACUCCGGCAUCUUCUACUGCCACGCCGUGGAGCACGGCUUCAUGCAGACGCUCCUGCGUCUCACGCUGCAGGUCAUCGCCGCCGACCACCUGGACGAGCUGCUGCACCGCAACAACGACCCCACCGCCCUGGCCCCGCACAGCAGCGAGGCCCCCGGAAACAGCGGCGCCAACCCCCUGGGCAGCUCGACCAACCAGAAGGUGUGGUACCGGGACUUCCUGUCCCUGCUCAACCACCCCAACCUGAACAGCGUGGACGACCUGUGUGAGCAGGUGUGGAAGCGGGAGCGCAAACAGCGGCGGCAGAAGGCGCACAUGAUGCAGGCCAGCCAGCAGCACGCCAACAAGUGGAAGAUGCUGCAGGAGAACAACAACAAGAAGGGCCGCAACCGCAGGACCCACGAGCAGCAGCGGGCGCCCCGGAGCGUCUGAGCUCCUGCCUGACUGAAAAUGACAGAAAAAAAAAAACACAGACAAACAAACAAACAAAUAGACAGACAAACAAAAACAUGAGAAUAAUAUUGAUGAUGUUGAUAGUGAUAAAAAGACAUCUUCCUUUCCCUUUGCCUCUGACUGAGAAGAUUAAAAAAAAAGAAAUAUAAAAGAAGAAGCUCAAACUGGAAACAAACAUGCAAUAUUCUUCUUGUUGGUGUGUAUGGGGAAAGUGUGUAUGGGUUUGUGUGUCUGAGAAAGAAGGAGAGCGUGAGGUGUGAGAGAGACAAAUGAGUGUGUGUGUGUGUGUGUGUGUGUGUGUGUGUGUGUGUGUGUGUGUCUGUGUGUGUGUGUGUGUGUGUGUGUGUGUUCACAAGCAUGUGUGUGAAUGAAUGCGUUUGCAUGGGACGGGAUGUACACAUGGUUGUAUCCUGAUCGGACAUUUACUUGAGCAUGCUACUCGAGUUCUGCCCAGUUUACACUGAGCACCAGGGAAUGACUUUUUGGACCGAAAAUGUGGACUUGGACUUCCUGUAAAUACCAUAACAGUGGAAAAAAAGUAAAAAAAAAAAAAGGAAAUGUAUGUGAAAAUUGUUUGACAUUUAGUCUGUAGUUAUAUUCCAUCUGUGACAUGCCCAGGCACAAAUACAGUCGAUGUAAACUUGG